AUGAAACGUGCGAAUGUUCCAGGCACCAAAGAAGCGGAACUAACAAAACAAAACAAGGCUCAGAUUACACUUUGGAAGAACGCAGCCAGCUUGGGACUCAUCGAGGCAGACCAAGAGGCCCUGAAACUGCAUGAAUUGAAUUCGGGCCAAAGCCAUCGUGUUGCAUUGACUGCGAGCCUCUUGGAGGUUUUCCAAAAGGGUCCGUUAAGCCAAGGGGUACAUGGAAAGUCCGGCAGAGGAACCAAAAAGGCGGGCAGAGGUGGAGGCAUAAUUGGGACUCAUGGUCGAGGAGAUUUUCGAGCAACUGCACACGUGCCUCAUGAGGUGUCCAGCAAAGGCACAACAUCUACUGCACCAGUACCUGGUACGCCUAUCAGAGGUCAACAGCGAGGUACUAGCGAUCCUAAACGUACGUCAUCCACUAGACCAACUGUUUGGGAGAUACUGGAGGAUUCAAAAAGGUCGCCACCCUGGAAAGACCCCGCCAUACCUGUCCAAGUGCAGAGAGGGAAGAAAGCGCUGCGCAUGCCAAACAUUGGCCCAAGAGAAAGACAAGUUUCAUCUCGACCACGCCGCGAUGAGAAAGACGUCCCGCAGCUCGCAGACCCCAAUAGUUUCUUGGCGGCUGCUUCAGCGCAGCUUGGGCACCAGCGGCAAGCUUCACCUGCUACGACGAAGCCUCUUGGGGAGGUCGCGAAGCCACAGCAGCUCCAGCAGGUCGAAAUCAAGGUUGAGACCUUUCCUGCCCUUCGUCCUCUCAGUGAGGAACGCGCAAAAGCUCCGGAAAAUAAAACCUCCCUGGAAGAAGUCAUUUUGACUGCCAAAAUAGAGGGCUCAAAUAAAGAAGCAGCAGCUUCUGCGGGCAGCAGCGAUAUUGUUGCACCAUUGGUGAGCUUUGAUGAGAGUUAUGGGGACGAAAGCGUGCCAUCUUCUCGCCCUCCUAAUGCAUCCAUGAAUUUCGAGGACUUAAAGGGCUUGGACUUUAUGCCCGCUCUGCAAACAGCAGAGGAUGAACGCCAAGACGUAAUUCCCGGAUCACGGCCAUCGAGGGUUGACACUGCCACCGAGUCAACGGCGUCUGACAGUGUUUCGAGUGGUCUCUCGCACAUCCUCACAGGGUUACGAAAUUUGAGCUUGGAAGAUCAGGUAUCAGCCUUGGAAGAGCAACUCCACCGCAUUCGUGGACAGCUUUCGGUAUCUCGCACCGCGGGCAACGAAACCAUUAACAACAGCAGCGAGCAGUCAAUGGAGAAGACGCAUCCGAACGCAGGAACCAAAGAAGGAUAUCGCCACGGCCUCUUGGAUUAUGAGGAAAUGCAAGCUCCCUCUCAAGAGAGUAUUGGCGAAAGCACUCGACACACUGGCGGGGCUUCUUUCGGUCCUGACGAUGCUCAAAUUAGUGGGUGGGAAGGUGUGGCAGAGCCUGCUUUGCAGGCCAAGAUUAUGCACACGACAAGCCAAGGCGAUACCGGUAUGAAAUCUGCUCAGUGCCUACCAUCAUCAACUUCCACCCAGCAGCCUUCCGAAUCAGGUGAUAGUCGAAAGAUUGCAGAUUUUGAAGAUACUUUGUCGGUUUCUGGCGAUGUUCGUGAUGCACUCAACCCCCGUAUGCCCCUGGCCGCGUCCCGCUAUGCAUUUGCUCGCGGUCCAGUCAGAUCGAGAGCACAAUCAUCUUCUUCUGUAAGCUCGAUCAUUGGUGAUCACCAAUUCCUCUCAACUUCGCGCAAUCUUGAGACUGGAAACACGGAUCAAUCCUACUCAGCAACCCCGAAACUGGGUCAUUCGCGGAAAGAGUCCAGUGUUUCGACCUCAAGUGUAAGUGGGAGUAUCCGGAGCGCUGGAGACGCUGCUCCCGCUCAUCCAAAUUUCUCCGCAAAUCCGAGGGCGCCGAGAGCUCGUCGUCCAAUUUCGAGCUCUCCUAAAGUUAUUGUUGCGGGACUUAUUGAGUCUCGAUGGGGCAAAGAGGUCCAAGUCCAUUCAGACCUGAAAGGGCAUGUGGCAGAAGCUAGCUUGAGCAAUCAGUCUCCUUUGAUCUCGCAGGGCUCAGAAAGAAGUCAGGAUCACGAGACAAUUGCCAGCGGAGAAGGCGCUGCGAGCGUCAAAAUUGAAGAACCAACUAUAGCCACACAGAAACCGGGUGAGCUCGGUUUGGUGAAGGAAGAAAAUCCACUUAAAUCCGCUUUUCCCCUGGCGCCUAAGCCGGUGUUGUCCAGCACUAAUCUUCUAGCUCAGAGGCCACGAAAUGUUCCCGUUCAUACUUCUUCCAGUGCGGGCUAUGUUGCGGACGAAAAAUCUACUGCUCAGGUGGCUCUAUCUUCCAAAGCUUCUGCCAGUUAUGGAUUAGGCGGCUUGGGAGGCGGCAUGGCUGAAUCAAGAUACGCGGAUGCAUGGAGACCGCCAUCCCCCGCCAAGAGCAAAGUACUUUUGGGGCUGGGCUUAUCAGCUUCCUUACAGGAUAAAGGCUUUUUCAAAAAGGAGAAUAAGAAGCCAGGCAAAAAUUGA